AUGAGAAAUUUGAACCUAGUGGUAUCGUCCAGACGAAUGCUCGGGUCGAAGAGGAUACUUCUAUUUCGGUUGCGGCAUGUUCGGGGAUUGGCAACUGCCAUAUCUCGACGACCUAGCAGUCGGCCUGGCUUACCUCCGCCGAUGGAUCCAAGAAAUCAUAGGAUGAAGAAGGUCAUGUCAUUGGUAUCCUCAGAACAGCUGCGUCUGCAAAACAAGCAUCGUGAAGAACUGGAAAGUAAUAGAGCAGAGUCGCUUCAGGAAAUUGUCGACCAUGUCGAAUGGCGUGGUGUUGUGUAUAGUCAAACGCCUGAAAAGGUCGCUCGACUGCUUGCGGAUUCAAGAGAAGAUCUCACAUCUUUAUCGGAUCGUCAAUUAGCUGUGCUCAUUUCGACUUUUGGUAAUGCAUGCGAAUCUGUAAGCUAUUUGAGAAGAUCUGCAUUUAUGAGCCAAGCAUUACAAGCCCUUCAGCAGAGAGGUGUUUCACUACAAGCGUUGUCGAGAAACGCUGUAUUAGCUGCUCGCAUUGAUAACAACGAAAGUGUAAAUGUAAUUGAUGAACUAAAAGCUUGGGAAGCGGAUGGUAUCACACCGAAUGAGGAGACUUAUGCUCAUUUAUCGCGAGUUUAUGCACACUCAGCAAACACUCAAGGGAUUGUGGAUAUCAUAAAUCAUAUGAAAUCCAACGAGAUGCCGAUAUCAGAAACACUGCUGGAAUCCCUCAUAUACUCAGUUGCCAGAGGUGGGCAUUACACGCAAGCGGAAAAGUUUGUCCAGAAAUUCCAAUCCUCUGCUAAUGAAGCUCUUCUGCGAGUCGCAGUUGCUAGAGCUGCGGUUGCUCGUGGUGAAAUAUCAGAAGCAUUCAAAGCUCUGGCUUCGAUACCUAUGUCGGCGAAACUCAACCAGAUUACUAAUAAUAAACUUGUACUGGAGCUCCUAUAUGACAUGCUCGAUGCCGGAGAAAUGGAUGCGGUCGAGAAGCUAUUGCCUUACUUAGCUAUGGCUCAAGAAGGAUCAACUUUGAGUGAGUUUCACGCCAAUCCAUCUGUUUUGGCUCGAUCCCGUCGGGCUUGUGCAGAAGGAAAGUUGGAUGUCGCGUUAAAGCUGUAUAGCCUACUUCAUCCUAAAUUCAAAAACAGUUACUUCGAAGCGACACUUCUGGACUCGUUAGGUAAUCGCUUGAGGAGUAACGAUUGCUCUGUCGAUAGUAUAUUUGCUUUGGCGGAAACGAUGGAGUCAAUGGGACUAACGAAAGACCACAGACUGAUUUUGCUUGAAAAAUCUAUAAAUACGCCACGGACUCAUGAAGUAUUUGCAAAACUAACUGGAGAUCAAGUCGAACAAUGCCUUGCUGAGAGGCCUGCUUUGAGGAAAACACUUGCGAGAAGAUUGAGUGAACAACUCACAACCUCAAAUCUGAAAAGAGAAGAGCGAGUGAAAAUUUUGGCGGAUAUCGCAACAGUGUUGUUUUCUUAUGACAAGCAACAAACUAUCCAGGAUAUCAUGGCUGCUUAUUCAGUCAUUUACGUGCUCGGCGGCAAAGAUGUCAAUCUCGCAAUUCCUGCUUUGGAAGUGCUCGAAAAUCUUCAUGUACACAGGGAGUAUGCAACUGCAUUAGUACAACAACUGCUGAGGAAAGGUGAUCCGCUUGCCGAAGAAAAGCUGAACAAACUUUUGAACAGUGGCGCUGUGCGUUCGAUAAACUUGAGCCGCAUUCAAAAGCAAGUCUCUGGGCUUCUUUUGAAUCGUGAGAAGAAAACUAGUGAAGCAGAUGAGCGACAGCUGAAUUUAGCAGCGCGGAUCAUCGCUCUGAGUUUUCCAGCCGAAAAUUCCAAAGGAAAAUCGAUAUUUGCCUCCAAAUAUAUUAUUUUGCAACUGCAGUCUGAACUUCUUCCCAUUGAUCGUGCUCGAAAAGUUUACAAAGUUCUGGAGAAAGAGGCAAGGAUUCGCCUACCAGCUGAGGAUAUCACGGCUGGUAAAAAAGCUCUACACGAUAGUGGUCAGAAAGAAAAAGUACAGCUUUUAGAAAUGUUGAGAAAAAAGAGUCAGACGUAUGCUAGAUGGCUGUCAUCAUCUGUGGAUGAACUCGAGGAAGAAUUGGCUCAUAUUCGUAGUAUGCCUGAUCAUAAACCCGCCGUUGCAAACGCGAUUUAUGAAGUGAUCCUCAGGAAGGUCUCUGUGGAGAAGCCUAUCAACUAUCAAGUGAUUGUUCGUCACCUCCUCACUAUCAACGAAUCUUUCAAUCCAAUACCACCUCGUAUAGCUGAACUGGCGAGACAAAUGCAUUCUAAUGCUUUUGUGUCAGCGCUUGGCGAGCAAAAGCUCGAUAUUGCUGAGAACCUCUGGGACAAUAGGAUUGGCGCACCAUCCGUGGAAAACACGCUGACAUAUAUAGCGCUAUUGUAUCUGAAUGGGCGUCAAGAUAAGGCUGAUAAAGUUUGUGAAGAUCUUAGGUCUAGUGCACAAACUAUAACUGGUGCUUCACUCCAAACGGUAGGUGACCGAUUGGGCGACAGCUUCGACAUCAGUCAAAUGCGGCAGUUUUCUCAAUAUCUUCAAGGAAAAUUUAAUCUUGCUUCGAAACAUUUGCUGAGAAUAAUUGCCUGUGUGAGGUUGCGACAACUGGAAAAGCUGAUCAGUGCCGGUAAACUCGAUGAAGCCUUGCAACUAGUGGUCGAACAUACGGUAGAAUCUAGCAGCGCCUUUGGACAGUAUCAGUUAGCAGCAGCAGCAAUAAAAGCGGAAAAUAUGGGAGUUUUGAAAGGCGUGUUCGAUGUAGUAAAGCGAACACAUGGUAAAGAAGUUGCUUUCCUUGACCUCGCCUAUGUACUGCUUGAAGAGCGGCGUACUGAACGCGCCAUGAAACUCUUGGAUACGCCUCAGCUGAAGAUCUCGCCAGGAAAGUUAGAAUACUUCAUUAGACGAGCAGUUGAUAGUAAUAGGCCAGACGUACUGCGCGGACUUUUCGCGGGUCUCUGUCAAGGAGAUCGUGCGUCUACAGUAGGAUUGAAUAAGCUGCUAGAGCAGCUUUGCCGGUUAUAUUACAAAGACAAUGAUUUUACUUCUCUACAAACCCUUCAUGAGGAGAUCGAACGAGCGUCUUUCCCGUUAGAGCAUCAGUUAAGGACAGUUUUUGAACAAAUACAUCGGCGGAAAAUUGAAGCUGCUAGUCAAUAACAUUUGCUCAUGGAACAUUGCACUGUACAAAUCGUUCAUAGGACUAAAGGAACUCAAAUGUUAUUAAUCUGUUUCGUCUGUUUGUUUUAAUGCGCAAUGAAGAUAUAUUCAAAACAGAAUUAGCAGUUUGAGGGCUAAGCCUUUCAC